AUGAGUGAUAAAGAAAAGGCUCCAGAAAACGCAAAGGAAGCUCCUCAAGAUGAGAAGCUUACUGAUGAACCGGAAGUUGUGAGAUUCCCUCCAGAGGAAGAAGCAGCCGAUGCCAACGCUCUCUUCGCCUCUAAAGAUUACCAAAACGCCCUCUCCAGAUACGACGAUGCCAUUGCCUCGUGUCCCAACUACCUUCACUACGAACGUGCCGUGAUACAGAGCAAUAUUUCUGCGUGCCAUUUGCAGAUUGAACAAUGGACGGAGGCGAUAAAGGCCGCAACAGAUGCCAUCGACAGCUUAGCUAAAGUGGAAACCGAGGAGCAACUUGUGCCGAAAGACGAGCCCAAGGAUACCGAAUCAGACAGCAAAGAUGAAAAGACCAAUGACAACAAGGAUGAGGACGACGUUGAAGAAGAGAUUGUCAGUUCUGGAGCAGAGCGAGCUGCACCUAUGCCUCCCCCCGAACCAACACCCGAGCAAGCAGCACUGGAGAACCGCAGAGCCGAUAUUCUUCGUAUCCGCACCAAAGCCUUACUUCGACGUGCACGCGCCCGUUCUGAAGCCGGUGGCUGGUCUAACCUCGCUGGCGCUGAAGAAGAUUACCGUACUCUCUCUCAAAUGCCCGGACUGACACCCGCGGACCAGCGUACCGUUCGGUCACAACUCAAAGCCUUGCCACCGCGAACAAAGGCCGCUCAGGAAGCCGAAAUGUCAGAAAUGUGGGGGAAAUUGCGUGGUCUCGGCGACAGUCUCCUUAAACCUUUUGGUCUGAGCACCAACAAUUUUCAAAUGGUCAAGGAUGAGAAGACAGGUGGAUACAGCAUGAAUUUCUCACAAGGCGGCUCAUCAUCAUGA